AUGGAUCUGCAAGGACAACCAAUUCCCUCCGGGGCUCGUGGAGUUAAGAACACCACCGAUCCCGAAGCAUACAGAAACCCUAUCGUCGAGUCUUCUGGCCCUGUAGCCAAUGACUCUCUGGCCGCCGAGUCCUCAAAAUCGGGUGGUGCAUUCUCCCAGAACCGAGGCGCAGAGCCCUUGGGCGUGUCAGGAAACCAGUCCACAUUCGCCAACCAGGAUACUUCCGGAGCGACGACGCUCUCUUCAGCCCCUGACCGAACUGCUCGCCCAGACCCAACCAGGAAGCAGCGAUACCCCGAAGCCCUGGGCGGGCAGGGUGAAUUCCCGGGCACCCAUCUCCCGGAAUCCGGGUACGCAGGCGGUUCGACACAGGCGAAACAAGGUAUGGGCAUCCACGCGGGCGAGUACCCUGCUUCACAGAAGCUGCAGUCUUCUGAAACCUCCGGCGGUGACGGCGGCGCUGCCGCCAGUGGUAGCGGAUACACCCAAUACCACAGCGAAUAUAAUGCCGGGACGGCGCCCAACUACAUUACCCCCGCGACUUCGAACCUGGGCAACACGAAGCCCAAGGGGAACAAGCUCACCGAGGGCGGGUUCCCUGACGAGCCGGGCAAGAACGUCAGUUUCACCUCGGAGAUCGGAUCGCAGCAGGAUCCUGGCCGCCUGGCGGAGACCAAGUUCCAGCGGAUGGCGCAGGAAAGUGGUCCGUACGGUACCGAAGCUGGUAGGCAAAAGGGCGUUGACAGCGACAAUCUGUAUGGAUCUUUGAAGAGGGACCAGCGGGCUUAG